UUUUCUACCGGCAUAUUCCGUAGCCAUUUUCUAUCUGGUUGGACAACGCGACAUAGAAUUUGUUUCGGAAAUACGUUUGUUCUUUUGUUUAUCCCUUUUUAUUAUUUAAUUUAAAAUGCCUGGAUAUAAUGACAGAGACCGUGGUAGAGAUAGGGGUUAUGGUGGCGCUCCCCGGUUCGGUGGCAGUCGAAAUGGACCGCCUCAGGGCAAAUUCGGCAAUCCCGGCGAGAGGCUGCGUAAAAAGCACUGGAACCUUGACGAACUCCCAAAGUUCGAGAAGAACUUCUACAAGGAACAUCCUGAAGUCACAAGGAAAUCAGUGCAAGAGGUUGAGAUGUACAGGAGGACAAAAGAGGUGACUGUUAAGGGCAGGGAAUGUCCCAAACCAAUCAUGAAGUUCCAUGAAGCCAGUUUCCCCAACUAUGUCAUGGAUGUGAUUGGCAAACAAACCUGGACAGACCCGACCCCCAUUCAGGCUCAAGGUUGGCCCCUGGCCCUCAGCGGAAAAGACAUGGUUGGCAUCGCCCAGACAGGCUCCGGAAAAACACUGGCUUACCUGCUGCCAGCCAUUGUCCACAUCAAUCACCAGCCUUUCCUUGAACAUGGCGAUGGCCCAAUUUGCCUAGUUCUGGCGCCGACGCGUGAGCUGGCCCAGCAGGUUCAACAGGUGGCUGCAGAGUACGGCCGAGCCUCGCGGCUGAAGACAACCUGUAUCUACGGCGGCGCUCCCAAGGGACCACAGAUCCGCGACCUGGAAAGAGGUGUGGAGAUUUGCAUUGCCACGCCAGGGCGUCUCAUUGACUUCCUGGAGGUCGGAAAGACCAACCUGCGGCGCUGCACUUACUUGGUGCUGGACGAGGCUGACCGUAUGCUGGACAUGGGCUUCGAGCCCCAGAUCCGCAAGAUUGUGGACCAAAUCCGACCCGACAGACAGACUCUGAUGUGGAGCGCCACUUGGCCCAAAGAGGUGCGUCAGCUGGCAGAGGACUUCCUGAAGGAGUACGUACAGAUCAACGUGGGCGCCCUGCAGCUGAGCGCCAACCACAACAUCCUGCAGAUUGUUGACGUGUGCAACGACGGCGAGAAGGAUGACAAACUCCUGAGGCUGCUGGAGGAGAUUAUGAGCGAGAAAGAGAACAAGACCAUCAUCUUUGUGGAGACCAAGAGGCGUUGUGAUGAGCUGACCAGGAGAAUGAGGCGAGAUGGUUGGCCAGCAAUGGGCAUUCAUGGAGACAAGAGCCAGCAGGAGCGAGACUGGGUGCUUAAUGAGUUCAAAUAUGGCAAGGCAUGCAUCCUCAUCGCCACAGACGUCGCCUCCCGCGGUCUCGAUGUGGAGGAUGUGAAAUUUGUCAUCAAUUAUGACUACCCUAACUCAUCCGAGGACUACAUUCACCGCAUCGGCAGGACGGCCCGUAGUCAAAAGACGGGCACGGCCUACACCUUCUUUACGCCCAACAAUAUGAGGCAGGCCAACGACCUGAUCUCUGUCCUCCGCGAGGCCAACCAGGCCAUCAACCCCAAGCUGCUCCAGAUGGCGGAAGACAGAGGAGGUCGCUCUCGAGGGGGCAGAGGUGGCUAUAAGGACGACCGCCGUGAUAGGUAUUCUGGGGGGAGAAGGGAUUUUGGUAACUAUAGGGAUAGGGAUAACGAUAGGGGCUAUGGUAGCGGACCAAAGACACAGAAUGGUGGCUAUGGCGGGGCCAACAGCUAUGACAAGGGCGGCAGCAACACCGGUAACUACAGCAACGGUUACAACAAUGGACAGGCCAACAGUUACGGCGGCGCCGGUAACCCGGUCGCCGCCUUUCAGAACCAGAACUUCCAGGCCCAGCCGUUUGGCGGCAACCAGGCGGCAGGCCAGAAUGGCAUGAGUCACCCGCCGUUCCCCUUCACCCCACAGGCGCCCCCUCAACAACCCCCACAGCCCAUGGUGCCCUACCCCAUGCCCCCCACGUUCCCUCAGUAAAAUCACAUAUACACACACACACACAUAUUGAUACACUCUCUCUCACACACACACACACACACACACACACUUGUAUACACCUAAACUUGAGCGCACAAGCCCUUGAAGUCGUUUUAUGUUAAGGAAGAAAAAUCUUAUUACUAUACUUUGUACUCUUUGUUUUAUUUGCCUCCAGCAGGGUUGAAGUUUUUUUUUUUUUUCAGCAGUCUAAAAGUAUCUAAAAGUCCAAGUGAUCUCUCGUGCAGCUAACCAGUUGCACAUUCUUUACCAUUUUUAUUUGUUACAUUCCUCGAUAAUUUAUUUUUACUAGAUAAUGCACAUUUUCAUGAUUUAGUGUAUGUUUAAAGUGGUAUGUUUAAAACUUGAUCGGAAGGCCAGGCUUGGACCUUGAAGUAAAAAUAAAAGGAAAAUAAUCUCU